AUGUCCGCUCCGAGUCAGUCCGAGCUCCGGGUGGUUGUGCUGGGCCGGGUCGGGAGCUGCAUCCUGGGCCUGCAGGAGAGCGCAGCUGUCCGCCAGGAAUGUAGUGUACACCGAGUGCAGGCUGCAGACAGACAGGUGACUGUAGUGUCCAGUGCAGACUGGUUUGUUUCAGGCUGUGUCCCAGAGGACAGGAGGAGACAGCUCUCUUCCCUGUUAGCCUUGUCUAGCCCUGGACCGCACGCCUUCCUCCUGUGUGUCCCCCUGAACCAGCCGGCUGAUGGAGAGGCCAAGGCCCUGGAUGUUCUGGAGAAGCUCCUUGGUCCUGCUGUGGUGAAAAGCACCAUAGUGCUGUUCACUCACACGGAGGAGCUGGACCAGGAGGAGAGCCUGGAGGACUAUCUGCUCACAUGGAGGAAAGACCUGACUGAGCUGGUGAAGCGCUGUGAAGACCACUACCACACGCUGGAGACUGGGCUAGGUAGAGCAGAGUCUGAAGAGGCAGUCCGAGAGCUGCUGGACAAAGUGGACCAGGCUGUGGUCGAGAGCGGUGUGGACCACUUCAGCUGCCAGCUGUACCGGGACACAGAGGAGAAGAUCCUGGAGCGACAGGAGGAGAUCCUGCGACAGAGAGCGGAGGAGGGACUGGACUGUGGAGCCGUGGAGGAGGUGAGGCAGGAGGCAGAGCGGACCACAGACUUGAAUCUGGAUCUAGAAGCUCUGUUCCCCUGCAAUGCCCCGGUGUCUCCAGCACGCUCCUUCUGGUCAGGGCUGUGGGCCACUCUGAGUGCCUGGCUCUGGAGGCUGCCCAAGCUGGUGAGGAGAGAGGCUCUGCUGGGGGCUCUGGUGGGGCUCUUUGUGGGGGGGCCAGUGGGCGGCGCAGUGGGCGCUACUGUCGGGUCAGUAGCAACAGAAGUGGGGAGGAGGAAAACACAGAAAACAAAGUGA